GUGUUCAACUGUUCAGCACCAGAUACAGGAAACAUGGAGGUAUUAGUCAAGUAUGGUACAGAGGAACAGAAACAAAAAUGGCUUACCCCACUGUUAAACGGGGAGAUCAGAUCCUGUUUUGGAAUGACAGAACCUGCUGUUGCCUCAUCAGAUGCCACCAAUAUUCAGUCAUCUAUUGAAAGAGAUGGAGAUUUUUAUGUGAUAAAUGGUAGAAAAUGGUGGACAUCAGGAGCCAUGCACCCAAAAUGUAAAAUAUGUAUAUUCAUGGGUAAAACUGAUACAAAGGCAUCUACACAUAAACAACAGAGUAUGAUCCUUGUUCCCAUGGAUGCACCAGGGGUCAAGAUUAUACGACCUUUAAGUGUGUUUGGUUACGAGGAUUCUCCAGCUGGCCAUGCAGAAGUGCUGUUUGAGAAUGUACGUGUUCCUGCUUCAAAUAUGUUAUUAGGUGAAGGUCGGGGAUUUGAGAUAGCUCAAGGUCGUUUAGGACCUGGUAGAAUACAUCAUUGUAUGAGGCUUAUAGGUCAUGCAGAAAGGUCACUGAGCCUUAUGAUUGAUAGGACUAUGAACAGAGUAGCUUUUGGGAAGCCCUUAGCGGCACAGGGAACCAUUCAGGCAGACGUGGCACAGUCUAGAAUAGAAAUUGAACAAACAAGGUUAAUGGUGCUUAAAGCUGCACAUAUGAUGGAUCACUAUGGUAACAAGGUUGCAGCCAAUGAUAUUGCAAUGAUCAAAGUUGCUGCACCAAAUAUGGCUCUACGAGUUAUUGACAGAGCUAUACAGAGUCAUGGAGGUGCAGGAUUAAACUAUGAUUGUCCGCUGCCUUACUUUUUUGCUGCGGCCAGGACACUACGACUUGCAGACGGCCCUGAUGAGGUUCAUAGACGGACAGUUGCUGCCAGAGAAUACAGAAAACAUGCCAAACUGUGAUAUUUAAAAUACCUAAUUGUUGAUAAUAUUCAAAAACAUUUAAAAUACCGGUAGAAGAAAUAAGUUAAAUUGACAGGUGAAUGUGGCGUCAAAAACAAAAUGUUUAAUAUGAGAAUGUUUUAAUGUUAAAUGCAUUAAAAUAAAUGUUAUGAAUUA